CUAGUUGUGUGGUGAUUUUAAACAAUGGCGCUUUAUAAGGACCACCGUAUAAACCAACAUAAGCGUAGCCUGUCUGAAAAUAAUCUCCUACAAGAAGCAGGAAAGGAAAGCGAACAACUUAAUUUUACUGGUGGCGUCAAACAAGCAAAUAAAAAAGAUGAACCACAAGAAACUGGAACACAGGAAUCCGAUAUAGAAAGCGUGUCUGAUCAGAUAACCGAAGGAAUACAUGAACAAAACCUAUAUAAAGAAAUGCGAGGAGAAUUGUUUAAAUACGAGGCCGCUGACUGGAUGGCCCCAAUGACUAAAAUACCCAAAUAUAGAAUAAAGUUAGCUCUGACCAAUACACCAAUACACAGAUGGAAUUUACCCGGUAUUCCUGAAAAAUUUAAAAUAUUUAUAAAACGUGACGAUUUAACAGGAAGCACGCUCUCUGGUAAUAAGGUUCGCAAAUUGGACUUUUUAUUUGCUGAAGCUGUUGCCCAGGGUUAUAAACAUGUUAUAACCGGGGGCGAGGUCCAAUCAAAUCAUUGUAGAUCUGUUGCUAUAGCUGCACGAGAAUUGGGAAUGCGGCCACAUCUUAUACUUCGAUCUUGUAGGCCGGAAAGAAACCAUAUAAAGUUUGGAGGAAACAUGUUAUUGAAUGGUUUGUUGGGAUGUAAGAUAUAUUUUGUUCAGAAAGAAGCCGGCUUUCCUGUAAAACUAGAACCAAGAAUUGACAAACUGAAACAACAUAUUGAGUCAACAACAGGAGAGAAAUGCUAUGUUAUUCCCGUUGGAGGAUCGGAUGAAGUCGGAGUUUUUGGUUAUAUCGAAGCUUUUCGGGAAAUGAUUGAUCAGGGUGUGUGUGAAAGAUUUGAUGAUGUGGUUGUAGCAACUUGUGGAUUGGGUAACACACUGGCUGGAAUAGCUAUAGGCAACUAUCUUACUGGUUCUCAUCUAAGGUGUCAUGGUAUAUGUGUCAGCCGGAGCAGAGAUAACAUUAUUCCUAGUGUAAAUGAAGUUCUAACACAACUUGGUUUACAUGACGUUGAAGCUGAGAAUAUUGUCAACAUCAUAAAUGGGUACCAUGGUGAUGGUUAUGGUUUAUCAACACCAGAAGAACUAGAUUAUAUACGUUAUGUGUGCAGUGAAACUGGAAUCGUAUUGGACCCUGUUUACACGGGGAAAACAACCCUAGGACUGGUUCAAGUAUUAAAUAAGACUCCUGAAAUUUUUAAAGGAAAAAGAAUUUUAUUUAUGCAUACAGGUGGAAUAUUUAUAGUAACUGACGGAAGAUUAACCGAUAUGUUAAACAGUUCAGAACCAGUUUUACAGCAGUUAGUUGCCUGGCCUAAUGAAGAUGAUUUACCCUCUGAUAUAUCUUAAAACAAUACAAUAUUGUAUAUAUUGAAUUUUUAGUCUGUUGC